AUGGCAAAUGAAACUAAUAGUAAAAUUGGUGAUUAUUAUAAUAAAACUACAACUUCUAAUAGUAUGUCUACAUUAGUUUCUAUUGAACAAUAUACGUCAAUAUAUGGACCAUUGGUAUUAACAACUCUUGGAAUAAUUGGUAAUAUUCUUUCAAUAUUAAUAUUUUUAUCUCCAAGAUAUCGUCGUCAAUCAUCACAUUUUUAUUUAUUAUCACUUGCAUUAUCUGAUCUUUGUUUUCUUCUUAUAUAUUUAAUUGAAGAUACAUUUCGUAAUCAUAAUCAAUUGUAUCAAUCUCGUUUAAAUAUUCUUGAUCAUAGUUCAACAAUGGUAUGUAUUUUCUUUCAAUAUGCACGAAAUAUAACAAGAUUUUUAUCAUCAUGGAUUAUUGUUUCAUUUACAAUUGAACGUCUUCUUGUUGUAUUCUAUCCAUUAAAACGAGCUGUUAUAUGUCGUCGUAAAAUAGCACGUUGUAUUGUUAUGAUUUUAUUUAUAAUGGGUAUUUUAGUCAAUAUAAACGUUCCAUUUCAUUAUGGAAUAGUUAAUGUAACAAAUGAUAUUGGACAACCAGAUACAAUAUGUGAUAUUCGAGUACAAUAUCGUGCAAUUUACAUGAAAUUUGCAAUCAGUACAAUGCUUAUUGUUUAUUUAAUGCCUAUGUGUAUAAUUGGUAUUGUUAAUAUGCUUAUUUGUUGUAAACUUUGGAGUAAAAGUUUAUUAACUGAAAAAGAUCAAAAGCCAAAAUCAUCACAACGAAAACAAAAAUCAAUGCAUUCACGUCGUUCAUUUUAUCUAUCUGAUUUAUUAUCAUGUUUACAUUCAUCAUCAUCUUCAUCAAAUUCUUUAAAAGAUACUGAAGAACAUAAAAGUCAACAAGAAUCUUCAACAAGUCAACAUCCAUCAUUUCGACCAUUGAUACCAAUUGAAAUACAUAUAUCAGAAACUAAUGAUUUUCGAGUUCCUGAUGAAACAAAAAGUCAAUCCAUGGUACGUUCAUAUUCAAAUCAACAACUAACUUGUCCAACAAUUAAAAAACAAUCAUCAGUAAAUGUUAAAAAUUAUAUUCAAUCACGAACAAAUCGUGUAACAUUAACAUUAUUACUUGUAUCUUGCUCAUUUUUAUUAUUAAAUUCUCCAUAUUGUGCUGUAUAUUUCGUCAACUAUGUUCAAAGUUUUCGUAAUACAGCAUUAAAUUCAAUCAAAGAAAUUACUGAAUUAUUCAUGUUAAUGAAUUUCUGUAUAAAUUUCUUAUUAUAUUGUGUUAGUGGAAAAGUAUUUCGUGAUGAACUUAUGUGUAUACUUCGAUGUCAAUGGAAACAAUUAUAUAAUAAAAAAGAAGGCAAGAAACAAGUUCGUCCAAUAAUAAAUCUACAAUUACAAGGAGUAAAUCGUCGUUCAGCGAAAAAAUAG